CUUCCUAUCCAUUAACUGUGAUGUGUAAAGGCGAGGAGAAGGUCUCCUGAGCUAUACAGACUUCAUCUCUUCCUGUCAUUUGAGAUCCAUGAAGCCAGCUUGAUUUGUUUGAACUUCCUUCAGCAUCCAUGCAUGGUUAUGGCCAGCUGGUGAAACUUGAGAUGUGAUUUUAUGCAUUUAGUUUCCUCCAUAAAUUUCUCUUCUUUCUUCUCUUUACCCCCAAUGGUUUUAUUCUGAGGAUUCUGUGAUGUACUGGUUACACAUUUUCUUUGGGAUUCCAUUGUGAUGGCUGACUGUUUCUGCUAGCAUCAGCCAUGUUCUCGUUGGAUCUUCCUAUCUGAUUUCACUCUCUCUCUCUCUCUCUCUCUCUCUCUCUCUCUUAGUCUCUCCCCACUCCAAUCUUUGGUUGCUUCAAUUAGAUCUUGGAUUUAUGUGGAGUCUCUGGUUCCUCCAAAUGACAAUGUUGCCUUCAGAUUUACUGCUGAUGGGCUUCCUAUCAUUCAUACGCUGCUUUUUUGUUUGAUUCUGAGAACUAUUAGAGAAACAACUCUGUAAUAUCUUGGCCUGCUUUCCCUCUCAACUUGUAUAAAUUUCCAGUGAUCUUCCAUGGAAAUCUUUCGACAGUUUUCCUACUCAUGAGAUGUUCUCUUGAGUUGCUCUAAGCUGCUGCUUCUCCCUCUUGACUUGGAGAACAAUUUCCCACCCUGGUUCCUCUCUUCAUCAUUUCAUGUGAUGGGUUUCUUUGACAAAGUCUCAUUUUCCUCCUCCUCCCUCCCUUGGUCUUUUCCUGAUUUGACUGUGUUAGUUCUGCUGCACAUAAAAUGACACUUUGCAUCAGAUUCAGUGAAGAGAGGAGAAAAUGGGUGGUUGGUUUUGUGUUGGUUGCUGGUGAUCCUGUUGUCCUUUCGAGGGGUUAUAUGGAAGCUCAAAUCUUUUGUUAUGCUGGAGGCUAAGCACACUACUGCAGGAUCAUCCAGAGAUCAUUGAGAGGGCCUUCUUUAGAUGUUAUCCACUGAAAACCCUGCAGGUCCUUCGUGUUCCUCCAAGCUUCCAGCAGUGAGAACUCAUGUGAGGGCUUCUCCUGACAGCCUUCCCUCCCAAGAGAGAGAUCCUGUAGUCCUUCAAGAGAGAAGAAUCCCAAAUUUCUCUAUAAGAGAUUAUGUUUUUACAUCAAGGAGCAAAGGAAUUGAAGCUUCUUGGCCAUUCGCUGCACAGUUCUUGCAACCUUACUCGAAGCACGGUGUCAAUGAUUUAUUGCCACCAUUUGAGAACCCUGAUACAGUGAGAACUCAGAGUCUCUGCAAGGUAGCACAAUUGGUUCAGCCUGCUGCUUGUUCAAAGCCAGAAAGAAUUGCAACACACUUUGAUGUUCUUAAGCCUGCAGAUGCUGGCCCUUCUGAUGGAGCACUUGCUAGCGUUCUACAGGAUCCAACCAUAAAUCCAUCACCAGAAGACGGGAAGUCUGCAUUUUGUCGAGGAUUUACUGUGAAUGAGCUGAGCCAUAGUGAUGAUGGAACUUCUCUGACAAUGAGAACACCUCAACAAGCUAAAGAGAUUUCAAGCCAGAUCAGUGGACUUCCGUGCUUGGUAUCAUUAAGUGGAAGCUCUUCCAAAGCGCAGUUUCAGCCAGAGGUUAUUGAUCUUGGCAAUACUCCUGAGAAGUUGUGUGAACCUUUGGAAAAGAAGAACAGGUUGAUACCCAAAUUGGAUACCAUCUUGGAGACUAGUAAAGCAGAAGAUCUUGCAGAAAUGCAUUCUAUAGCUUUGAAUGUUUGCCCUGUUUGUAGAAUAUUUUCCUGCACUUUAAUCACCACUUUGAAUGCUCAUAUGGACCAGUGUCUUUCCAUGGGGUCUAACUUUAAGGCGGCGACGACGAGUAAUGUUCCCGAACAUAGAGUGAAGCCAAGAAAGAGGAGGUUGAUGAUGGAUAUCUAUGCCACUUCUUGCCAUUGCACUCUUGAAGACCUCGAUAAGAGGAAUGGUACAAGCUGGGCUUCUGAAUUAUCACUAAUUGCAGCACCAGUUAAUAGCCUUUGUGCUGCUCACACCAAAAGGCCAGAGGUGUCACCAACUGAUUCUACAAAUAAUGGAAAUGGAGCAGUUUCUGCCGAUCCAAAUGGUGUAAAACUUAGGAUUUUAUCUAAAUUCAAAGGUCAAAAAUUGUCAAAGGAGAGCUUUAAGUUGAGGAAGCAUGCAAAAGAACCAAAGGAAAACAAGGAUAAGCAUUUUGCAUCGAAACACUUGGAAAAUAAGAAACUGAAGGCACAGAAACAGCAAUUGAUCUCAUUGAAUAUGCUGCAGUCACAGAUUCAAGCUGCAGCCCAAGUAGAUUGUGAGACAGAGAAUCAUCAGAAGAGUGAUAAGUCUCCAUCACAUGUAUCAGAUUCAGGAGACCAUGAAAAAAGAGCAGAUAUCCUGCAAAAAAUGAACAAAAAGGAGAAUUGUAGUACCUUGGAGGAUAUGGAAUCUAUAACCAGCGAACUCCAGUCCAUGAAUGGAAACUUGACUGGUUCUCCAGGGACAGAGAGAGUUAAUUUCCGGCAUAAUCCAGUUCAUAGCAUGGAUGAAAGUAAGAGAGAUUCCCCUGAGCUACCUUCAAGUUCCAGAUGGCCUUCUGAAGGUACUAAUUUGGCAAAUGGUAUUAUCCUGAAAUUGUCAAGAUCAUCAGGGAGCUUGAUAUGUUCAUCAGUAAUGAAAUCAAAAGAGACUGACAUGGCAACUUGGGAGGAUUCUGAUAGCAAUUCGAACAGCAAAAUGGUUCUUUCACGGAGUUGCUGUUCAUUGUUGAAGGAUGAAACGAACACAACUUCGAAGAAGAAUACUGUCGUAAGGAGUCGAGUUUGUUUGCAACCUAGGAAACUUGGAGCAAUUGAGAAACCAUUUAUCUCUAAAAAGUUUCAAAAGCACAGGACUGAUAUGAAAAAAGGAGAAAACUCACCAUCUAACAGUGCGGGUGUGUGUAGUCCUACUGUUAAUAUUCACCUUCUUAGAACAAGAGAGACAGGAACAAUGGGAUCUCAUCAAUCUUAUACUCCAAGUAGUAUUACAAUGUUUGGAGGAGAGGACAUGAAUGAAGUAUCACCAAGCAGAAGAAAUGAUACAGAACAUUUAAACAUAGUGGAAGAGCAGAAAAGCAAUACUUCGAAUAAUCUUUCUUCAGGAGCUGAAUGUUCUGACACUGAAAUUGAAACUUCUGACUCUGGAGAUUAUGCGACUAGAAUUUCCAUGAUCAAAGCUGUUCCUGAAAACUCAGAAAAGACCGAACUACCUUUCAGCACCAAGUUGGGUUCUCCUUCAUGUGUAGAACAUGCACAGACUACAUCUGAAAUUGAAGCCCAUGCAGAACAAUUGAAGCAAGCAUUUGAUGAGCAACAGAGGUUUUCUGGUGAAGGAUCAUCAAUUGAAAUUGGAAACCAAGAGAUCCAAGCCAAAAAAGAUUGUUGCACAAUUCAGCUUAAAGAAUGUCAGGCUGAGACUCUUUCAGUUCAGGAGUCUAGUGGUUGUUUGACUGGUCAUGGUGAUGAGGGGCUUGAAAUGCCUGAAAAGAAUUCAUCAAUUGACUCUUUUAGAAUGAAAGCAAUUUUUUUCAAGAAUUUGUCCAGUGAAGGGGAACCAUCUGGAUCACCUGUGUCAACUGAUUCCAAAUCCCAAGUUUCAGAGGUAGAACCAUUGUCCAUAGCUGUUAAUACCCGAGAGAGUAUACAUUUAGCAACUCCAUCUGCAGAAAGCAUUGAAGCAACUCAAGAUAGGAACUUGAAGAAUUGGAAACAAGAAAACUCAAACAUCAGACCACCACAUCAGUCAGUUUCCGUGAAAAGUCCACUAGAUUUUGCGGUCAAGAUAUCUUCACCUAGGCCAUCACCUCAAUCACAGAUUCAUUCUGUUUCCAGUCCUAUACUAAGGUUGAUGGGCAAAAAUUUGAUGGUGGUGAACCAUGAAGAGAUUGUGCAACCUCAAACUACUGCAUUGGAUUGCACACAAUACGUGAAUCAUUGUGCUUCUAGCAACAAUCACUUGAAGCGUGAGAUUUCUCCAUAUCAGCAUAAUCAGCUUUCGAGUGGAUCUCCAGCCAUUGGCUCAGGUUUACCAAUGGGUGAUCACCAGAUGCCCCUAGAUCUCCCUAGCACCUCAGUUGGUGGCUUUGCAUGGGCUUCACUGCAAAAUGGUCGCAGGGAUCAACAAACUCAGCAGAGGAAAUCGAGUACAAAGCUCACCUCAUCUCAUCAUACACUGGACAAGGUGAUUGUGAUUGAUGGCUCACCCAAGCAUGAGGCUGAUCUAAAAGGCUGCCUAUCAAAUUCGGCAACCACUUUGCCUAAUAGGCCAUUCUCCUGCUAUCCAUUGCAACAUCAUAUUAGAGAUUGCCCAAGAAUCUUGUUUCCGAAUGCAUAUUCAAGUGUCAGUGCCAGUUUCAUGAAUCAAGGAAUCACUUCAGAAGGACAUAACCUUUUUCUGUCAAGCCCCACCGUGUUCCAGUCUCCUACAAGUCAAAAGGGACCUUUGAUGUAUUACUCGCGAAUCCUGCAUUGAUCCUACAUUUUAUUGUGAGCAUAAAAAGGUUUCCCCUCAAGUUUCAG